AUGGUGCUGCCUCACUCAUCAAAACACAGUUAUCAGUUAUCACUCUCACUCCACAACAAUGGCGGAGAGAGUGUCUAUCUUUUCCGUUUUGUUCGCUCUCUGUUUCUCCGUCGCCCUCUCCAGAACCCUGCCUCCGUAAACCCCCAGAACCGCCACCCUCGACGUCUCCGCUUCCAUCCAAAAAACCGUCGAAGUGUUCUCCCCCGAGUCGGAUCAGCUGGACCAGACCUUCUCGCCCCCGUCGUCAUCCCUCUCUUUCCGGCUGCAUUCCCGGUCCAUGGUCCACAGAGCUCAGCACCGCGACUACAAGUCCCUCACCCUUGCUCGACUAGGCCGCGACGCGCCCGGGCCAAAUCGCUCCAGGCCCGGCUGGAUCUGGCGAUCAGCGGCUUUGCCGUGACGGAUCUGGAACCGGACGGUGAUAUGGUGUUCGAGGAGGAGGCUUUGCGGGCGCCGGUGAUAUCGGGAGUUGAACGAUUGAAAUUACUGGGAUCGGAGGGAUAAAGCACCAUGCAUGUCAGAGACCAAAGACGAGUCUGUAAGUCUACUUCUCCUUGUACUACUACAAAAAGGCAUAAACAUCACAAUUUUUAGCUGUGAUGUUUCACUUUCCAUCUCGAUCGGUCCCAGAAGCGUGGUUGAUCCGAA